CCAAAGGCCUGCCACGUUGCUCCACACAUGUUGAUCCCAUUUUUUUUAUUCAGAAAAAUUUGUAUGUAAUUCUCCAUCUCUCUGUGUAUGUAUGUAUAUAGCUCACAGCUCUUGAACAAUCAAUCCAUCGUUCUCAGAAAAACAGUGACAUUUUUCUCUCUAUCUCAGCAAAAAAAAAAUAUGGCCUCAAAGUCUGGCCAUCUCAGAUCAAUUAGUUUACCUAGCAGAUCACAUCCUACCACUCUAAAAAUUGAAGAAGAGUUGAACAAGUUUACAACUUUUGAACUUGCAUCAUACAACUCAUCAGGGUCAAUCUGCAAUGCUCUGUGCAGAUUGGCAGAGUUGUACCAAUGCAUGGAUGCGCUUCUCAACUUGCCAUCCACCACUCAAGCUCUGUCUCAACAGAGCAACCAGAAAUUGGGCGAUGAAUUCGUGGAUGGAUCGUUGAGAAUCUUGGAUGUCUGUGGGAUUACAAGGGAGAUUGUGUCUCAGUUUAAGGAAAAUGUCAGAGAUCUUCAGUCUUCUUUAAGGAGAAGAAAGGGAGACUCUGGGAUUAACAACUAUGCUUGUUUCAGGAAGAAGAUGAAGAAUGAUGCCAAAAGAUACAGUGCAGCUCUGAAACAAAUUGAUGCUUCAUCAGCCCUUUUAGACCUUGAUGAUCAACACACCUCUGCAGUAAUCAGAGUGCUCAGGGAAGUUUAUUCAAUCAGCGUUUCUAUUUUCCAGUCAGUUUGGCUUUUCUUGUCUGGUCAAUCUACCAAACCAAAGACGAGCAAAUGGGCUUUGGUUUCUAGAUUGGUACAUAAAGAAAAAGCUGGAUGUGAAGAUCAUCAACAAGAAGGUGUCAACGAGUUGGAAAAUGUGGAUUCCGCAGUCAACAGCCUUUGCAGAAAUGAUCAAAGUCCAAAUGGGAAAAUCCAGAUUGUUCAAAGCAAAUUGGAGAGCUUGGAAGCUACCAUUGAAAGCAUGGAAAAUGGGUUGGAGGGAAUGUUUAGGUGCUUGAUUAGAUCAAGGACCACUCUCCUGAACAUCUUUUCAUGUUAAUAUCUGUAGUUUUCAGUGGAUGUUUGAUCCCAAAAAUCUGCAUAGGCAUUCAAAGUUUUUAGAUAUAUGCUUAUGAAAUGUAAAUGUACAUAAACAACUUUGUAAUACAUAGCAAAAUUUGCAACAAAUACUAUAUGAUUUUGGACAUCAUAAAGUUUGCCCAUCAACUUCCUGCAUCUCCAUUUAGCAAAGCUUUAUACCUCUUUUAGCUUAAUCAAUUGUUACCGUUGGUCAGUUCUUUUCACGUUCAUAACAAAG